AUAUAUCUAUAUAUAUAUUAGUAUUAGAGUAUAAAAAUUGAUAAUACAAUAGAUAACAGCAGAUAAAAUGAGUAACAGCAAUAAAAUACUUAAACAAAGGUCUAAAUAAAUAAUAUUUGUUGAAAAAAACUAGUCGCGCUUAAACAAAAUUCAAUGACUUGGCCAAAAAAAAAGGUAUUUAUAUUUCUCGCAAAGUCAGUGUUCCACUUAACCAAUUAAACACAACAAUUGUCAACUUUAAUUGUUUAUUUAGAAAUUUUUAAAUAUUUAUUGUCAACUUAAUAAUCUCGUUUUAUUAUUCAACAACUAAACAGCAGAGAUUAUAAAUAUAAAUUCACUUGAUCUCAUUUAAUCUUUUGAUGAUAAAUUUGAAAAAAUGAAGUUCGCCGAGCAUUUAUCUGCUCACAUAACUCCAGAAUGGAGGAAACAAUACAUCAGUUACGAGGAAAUGAAGGCGAUGCUUUAUGCGGCUGUCGAAGAAGCGCCUUCAGCAGAAAGUGUUGAACCUGAAGUGAUAUCCCGACAUUUUGCUUCAUUCGAUGAAGUAUUUUUUACAUUUUGUGAUCGUGAAUUAAAAAAAAUAAAUACAUUUUACUCAGAAAAAUUGGCUGAGGCGACAAGAAAGUUCGCGGCAUUACAAAAUGAAUUGAAGGCAGCUCUAGAUUUGCAGCAUGGCAGCGGCAAACACAAGGGAAAACUGGCCAGUGCGAAAUUACCAGCGCGUAAAAUACGCGAAUUAAAAUUAGGAUUUUCUGAGUAUUAUUUGUCAUUAAUUUUACUACAGAAUUAUCAGAAUUUAAACUACACGGGGUUUCGUAAAAUACUUAAGAAACAUGACAAGCUUUUAUCAGUAGAUACUGGAUCUAAAUGGCGGGUCGAGUGUGUAGAGACGUCUCAUUUUUACACAUCGAAAGAUAUAGACAAAUUAAUACAGGAUACUGAGGGUAUUGUUACCAAUGAACUGGAAGGUGGUGAUCGUCAACGGGCUAUGAAACGGUUGAGAGUACCGCCACUUGGUGAACAUCAGAGUCCCUGGACGACAUUCAAAGUUGGAUUAUUUUCAGGAAGUUUUAUUAUUUUAUUUGUUGCUGUUGUUCUGUCAGCAAUAUUUCAUGAAGGCCAAGAGAACUUAAAAAUAGCAUUUCGUUUAUACCGUGGGCCACUAUUAAUAAUACAGUUUUUAUUUCUAAUGGGCGUUAAUGUCUACGGCUGGAGAUCAUCGGGAGUAAAUCAUGUGUUGAUAUUCGAGCUGGAUCCGCGUAAUCAUUUAUCAGAGCAGCACUUGAUGGAGCUGUCUGCCGUGUUGGGUGUAAUCUGGACACUGAGUCUCCUAAGUUUUCUGUACAGCGCGAGUUUAAGUAUCCCGCCGUUCGUGAAUCCUCUGGUGCUAGUUUGCAUAAUGCUUGCGUUUUUGCUGAACCCUCUGAAGAUCUUUCGACACGAAGCGCGGUUUUGGUUACUGAGAAUAAGUUGGAGAAUGAUAAUCGCGCCGUUCGCGUUUGUAAAUUUCGCUGAUUUCUGGCUCGCUGAUCAGUUAAAUAGUCUCGUGACACCAUUGCUAGACUUCCAUUUCCUAAUUUGCUUUUAUAUAACCAAUGGGGAUUGGCUCGAAGCUGGCGAUACCACCAAUUGUAUGGCCGGAUCACUUAUCAUCAGACCAAUCGUUAAUUGUUUGCCCGCGUGGUUUAGAUUCGCGCAGUGCAUCAGACGUUACAGAGAUUCAAAAGAAGCUUUUCCUCAUUUAGUAAAUGCGGGUAAAUAUUCAACGACAUUUCUAGUGGUCAUUUCAUCAACUCUAAGACUGUAUUACGCAGAUCAAUAUACAAGUAAUUGGGAAAAUCCAUGGCUGUGGUUUUGGUUAGCGAGCUGUAUUAUUAAUUCUAUUUACUCAUACACUUGGGAUAUUAAAAUGGAUUGGGGUCUUCUGGACAGUAAUGCCGGUGAAAAUAAAUUUUUACGUGAAGAAGUCGUUUAUUCAUCGGCGAGUUUUUAUUACUUUGCUAUUAUCGAAGACUUUAUACUGAGAUUUAUUUGGAUCGCUAGUUAUAUUUUGGUAGAAUAUAAAUAUGUAUCUAGUGACUUGAUGACGUCCAUUGUUGCUCCACUUGAAGUAUUCAGGAGAUUUGUUUGGAAUUUCUUCCGUUUAGAAAACGAACAUCUUAACAAUUGCGGUAAGUUCCGUGCCGUCCGAGAUAUAUCGAUAGCGCCGAUCGAAAGUUCUGAUCAGAUGCAAAUAUUGCGGAUGAUGGACGACGAGAACGGGGUAAUUAAUCGGGGUAAGAGAAAAGCUGGUGGUAAAAAACAGGGUAAUAAUAAAGAAGACAAACGCGCGUUACUUAAAGAAGAAACGAUAGACAUUGACGUGUCAAACGCCAGCUGAAACACGUGCUAUAUUAAAUUGAUGGAAAUGUAAAAUCUGUAUAUUUUUUUAGAUUAUUUUUUAAACCCUCGUAAUUAUUAUUAGAUUAUUAUGCAAUUCGUUGAUUAAUUAUAACUUUUAUUAUUAAAUAUUUAAGUAAUUAAUUGAUUAAUUAAUUAAUAUGUUGCCAUCGGGUGCCUUCUUCUUUGUCACUCGCUUUUUUUUAUUUAAUUACUCCAUUAUAUUUAAUUUAAU